AUGGCGUACCUCGUCUUUUUUCAAAAAGCACAGCGCGGGCUCGGUGGUAGGGUCUCGGGAGUGGCCGGCCCCAGGUGCGCAGGCGACUACCGCGGCCGUACGAGCCUGCUGGUGCCUCCGGGGAUGCGGUCGCGUGCACGCCCGCAUGCGCACUCGCUUCUAAUGAAGGCGAGGCGUCGUAGUCUGGAUGAAGUGGAAAGCACGCGAGAUAGCGUUGAUGGGGCACGCGAAGAACGGUCGCACGGAGGUACUCGCGCUACGGGUGCGAACGACGGCUCCGGGCAUACACGGACGGGCGAGUCGCCGUCGUUGCACGCUGCUUCGGGGCAGCCUGCCGAUGGCGUGGCGUUAACGCACACCGCCAGUCAACCGGCUGCUGGCACGCACACCCAAGGGGUGACCGCAGACGUGAGCGCGCCGGAGCAACGGCAACCAGGUUUGAGUCUGUCGGAAGUGCAAGAGUUCCUGGAAGUCAUGCGAGAAGUAACGCUGUAUUGCAGCGAUGCUCGGUUGCAGAUCGGCAGCACUGUAAUCGAGGUGAGCCGUCCAGAUGGAUUCGGAUUUGAUGAGCAUGGCGAGUUGCGCACUGCCGAGCCACACCCGAGCACACACCCAGGCGACAGCAGUCCUGCGUCGGCAUACAGUGCGCCCGCGAUGCCCCCAGACGCUGAGUCGUCAGUACUGGGUAGCAGCGCUGCGCAGGCAACGGUCUCAUCAUCAACAGCAUCGACGUCUGCGAGAGCUGCAAUAGAGCAGCGGUCGGGGAAAACGCCCGAGCCGCGUCCUCGAUAUGACGAUGUGUCGCAGAUUCUUGACACCGACUUUAAAGUGAUCAGCAAUCGGGUUGGAAUAUUUCGAGCGGGGCCGCCCUCACGUCCGCCCUACGUCAAAGUGGGAGACCGGAUCGAAGUCAAACGCCCCGUGUGCAUCAUUGAGCAGCUGGGGAACUACUUUGUCUACAAUUCCGAGGUAAGUGGGACGGUCAUCAAAGUUUGCGUCGAAGACGGGGCGCCCGUCGAAUACGGCAAAGAACUUGUUAUCAUCCGACCGGAGUAA